ACCCAGUGAAUAAUAACACUGCAGAUACAAUACAUGAAUCAAAUUCACGAGAUUUUUUACAUCUUCUUUACCGUGACAGAGUAGCCCUCCAUUCUUUUAACCUAUACAUACAAAACCCAUAUGUAUAUACACACAAUUGAUUAAGCCACUGGAGCUCAAAAAUUAAUUCAUUCAAUAUUAUUCAAGAACCAUAAAGUGAAAUAAGAUGAAAUCUGGAAAGGGUCAUCAUGAAGAGGAAGAUGAGGCUUAUGAUGAUUUUGGGUCAAAGAAAGAUGCUACUCCAUCCACUAAUACUAAAGAUGGGAAGAACAGUGAUAAGGCUAGUGCAACAAGGUCUAAGCAUUCGGUGACUGAGCAACGGCGAAGGAGCAAGAUUAAUGAGAGAUUUCAGAUAUUGAGAGAACUGAUACCAAAUAGCGAUCAGAAAAGAGAUACAGCAUCUUUCUUGUUGGAGGUGAUUGAAUAUGUGCAGUAUCUACAAGAAAAGAUGCAGAAGUAUGAGGGAUCAUACCAAGGUUGGAGCUCGGAGCCCACCAAGUUGAUGCCGUGGAGAAACAGUCACUGGCGUGUUCAAAGUUUAGUUGGCAAUCCUCAAGCUGUAAAGAAUGACCCUGUUCCAGGUUCAACAUUUUCUGGAAGAUUUGAUGAGAAUAAUGUCACAAUUUUGCCACCCAUGCACACAAACCCGCAGAUUCCUGUUGAUUCUGACCUUAGCAGAGACGUGUCCUGUAAAUUGAUAGAUCAGCAACCUGAGUUAGCAAACAAGGGAAUGGUCAUGCCCAUGCCUUUGCAUUCAAACAUAGGCAUUCCUAUCCAAGGUGAUGGUGUGUUUUCCCAUCCUCUUCAGAGGCCAGUUUCCGAUGCAAGUAUAUCUGAGUGUGGGAUCAAUGGUGAUGCACCAAAUAACCAGGAGGAUCUUACUAUUGAAGGGGGCACAAUUAGCAUUUCAAGCGUCUAUUCACAAGGGUUAUUGAAUACUCUGACACAAGCACUGGAGAGUGCUGGAGUAGAUCUGACUCAGGCUACCAUAUCAGUGCAGGUUGACCUUGGUAAGAGAGCAAAUAGAGGACUGGCCUCAGGCAUACCUGGUGCGAAGGAUCACGACGAUCCAUCUGAUGAUCAGCCAGUUGGACGUUUUCAGGAUUCGAUUGCUGGAGAGGUCUCAGAUCAGGUUCAGAAGAGGCAGAAGAUAUAAAAGCUGUGUGGAUAUAAAAGCAGUAUGGGAAUUGAGCUUUCAAGCUUUGGUUUCAUUUAGGAUUAUGCUGUUUCCAAAUCCCUAUGCAUAUUGAAAUCAACCCGUCUUUGGACGACCAGAUUUAAGAGGCAGAAUAGAGUAAACAUGAUCGAGUAGAUUGUUUCAGUCUUGGUCAUUCUUAUAUCACAUUGGGGCAUUUUUAUUGUUCACAAACUGGCGUUACUGUAUAUACUGUCUUUGCUUAUUGGUCGUGGUUACCGGUUACUA